UCAGCUAGUUACAAACUUUUGAUUUUGAAAAGUGAACCGCAGAAUAACCUGGCGCGUCAUGGUUGUGCAACCGUAACCUGGUAGCCCGAUUCAGAAACCCGCCACAGCAACCAUUCCCACUCUCACCUUCGUUUCAACACGACCCGAACCCGAACCCGAACCCGAACCCGAUGGAGAACCGGACUCAGGUGCGGUGCCCGGAGAACCAAGAGCUGGCGGCGUACAUGUGGAACAAGUGGCAGGAAAUGGCGGAGCAACCCAAAGGCAUUUCUGAUAACUUCGAAAUGACCCUUUCUAAGGCUCACUUCAAUGUCUGUAGCUCCAAAACCCCCAUUCUAACAAUCAAAGAUUUCUCUCAAGUCAAGGGUGUGGGGAAAAUGAUAUUGAGGCUUAUGCAGGGUUUUUUUGGGACUGGUUGUGGUGGUUCUGAACCUGAAGAUUUGACUAAAAAGGGAAAGAAAAGUAAAGGAACCAAACGUUAUGUGCCUCAAAGGAACUCUGUUGCAUAUGCAUUGUUGAUAACCCUUUACAGGGGGACUUCAAACGGGAAUGAAUUUAUGCGUAAACAAGAGCUUAUUGAUGCUGCUGAAGCUAGUGGGCUAUCUCGAGUGCCAAUUGGGCCAGAAAAAGGGAAAGGAAAACCUGGACAUUUUGGAAGUUCUUCACGGGAUUGGUAUAGUGGAUGGAAUUGCAUGAAGACCUUGAUAGCUAAGGGAUUAGUUGUGAAGUCAAGCUGUCCUGCUAAGUACAUGCUAACUCAAGAAGGCAAGGAAGCAGCUAGUGACUGUCUUGCAAGAUCUGGAAUGGCAGAAUCUGUAGAGAAGUCAGCUUCUGUUGAAAUUCCUUCUUAUACAGAUAACCAAAACUCAUUGGAUGUGGAGCCCAAUGGUCAUGAUAUGGAAUCAGAGGUUUUGUCACCAUUGACCCAGCAAAAGAAGCCUAUGGAUGUCCCUCUAGAUUGCCUUGGGAGGUUUACUCAAUUGGGUUACUCCAAGGAAUACAUUAAUAGUGCUUUCAUUGAAGUUUCCAGAAUCCACCCAGAUAAAGAUGUCUCAUCUCUGUGGCCAGCUGUUUUAUGUCAUCUUCGAGAGCAAGAAGUCUAUGGUUCGCAGCCAGAAUCUCUAAGGUCUAGAGACUUCACUGGAAAAGAGAACAGAGCUGUGCAGUCAUCUUGCAUUGGGCAUGUGUCAAACAUUUGUUCACGUGAUAUUCCUCCUUUCCCCUUGAGAGCUUGCUCUUCAUCUGACCACUCCAUGCAAAAUCCUAACAAGGAUGAGCUUGUAUCAAAGAUUAACAUUUUAAAUGUUCCACCAUUGAGCUUGGGGGAGAGAUUUGAGGAUGCUUAUGACAUAAUUUUAAUAUUGGAUGAUCGGGAACAAUUUGCCACUCAGGGAUCAAGAUCCAGGAAAAUUAUUGAGAAUAUCUGCAGCCAAUUUAAAAUUAAAAUAGAAGUUCGACGAUUGCCAGUUGGAGAUGGGAUUUGGAUAGCACGCCAUAAGACUCUUGACAGCGAAUAUGUGUUGGAUUUUAUUGUUGAGAGGAAGAAAAUCGAUGAUCUACGCAGUUCCAUCCGGGAUAACCGCUAUAAGGAUCAAAAGUUAAGACUUCUGAGGUGUGGGUUGAAGAAGCUGAUAUAUCUUGUGGAGGGUGACCCAAAUUCUUCUGAAGCUGCUGAGAGCAUAAAAACUGCUUGUUUUACAACAGAGGUUCUGGAGGGAUUUGAUGUACAGAGAACAACUGGCUUAGGUGACACUCUAAAGAAGUAUGGUUAUCUUACCCAAGCAAUUUCUCAAUAUUACAAGUCAGAAGUUCUUGUAGACAAUGUUAAAUGGUCUGGGACAUGUCCUCCUUUUGAUGAAUUUAUCAAAAGGUGUCAAGACGUUGAGAAAACAACAGUUAGUGAUGUAUUUGCCAUCCAGCUUAUGCAGGUCCCACAAGUUACAGAAGAGAUUGCCAUGGCUGUGUUGGAUCUGUUCCCUACACUUUUCUCUCUUGCCCGUGCAUACUCACUACUCGACGGUGAUGGUCGUGCCCAGGAGGAGAUGCUUCGAAAACAGAGUAACAACAUGAUCAAUGCAGUUGCCAGUAGGAACAUUUUUCAGUUCAUUUGGGGCACCUAACUUGCAUUACAUUCAUUCUCCCUUAAAGUUGGAUUUUUGGAUACCAUAUUUUUGUGUACUCCAUCACUUCUCAUUGAAUAACAUAUUUGUAAAAUUGUUGGCACUGUAACCGAGGUUUAGUUUGCCAGCAAUUUUGUAUAUUUUGUAAAGAAAAUAUUCCCGUAUAUAUGUUGCAUAGGAGUUAAUUGUUUUUUAUCACAUAACUAUGAUUAAUAUUAU